AUCUAGUUUUAUAGGAUGACGUCUGCGUUACAUUUUGGAAAUCCAGAGCAUUUGUUACCCCCUUCUUGGAGAUCUCAAGUACAACAAUGGCUUAGCGAGGAUACACCUUCAUUUGAUUGGGCUGGUUUCGUCGUCGGAGAAGAAUAUCGUGAUGCCAAAUUACUCGGAAAGAGGAAGGGUGUACUUGCAGGUAAACCAUUCGUAGAUGAGAUUUUCAAACAAUUGAAUUGCACCAUCGAAUGGCACGUAAAAGAAGGAGAGUCAUUUGAACCAAUCAAGCACAUCGCUACUGUUAGGGGUGCAGUUCGCUACCUUCUCCUUGGUGAGCGUGUUGCUCUCAAUGUAUUAUCAAGAUGUUCUGGUAUUGCAAGCAUGUCCCGUUGGUUCUUGGAUACUUCUAGAGACGCAGGUUUUAAAGGUAUAAUUGCUGGAACACGUAAAACUACACCUGGUUUUAGAUUAGUCGAAAAGUAUGGUAUGAUUGUCGGUGGUAUAGAUGCCCACCGCAAUGAUCUUUCUUCGAUGGUUAUGCUCAAAGAUAAUCAUAUUUGGUCAAAAGGCUCUAUUACAAAUGCCAUUCAAGCGGUCCGUUCAGUCGCUGGUUUCUCUUUGAGAUUAGACGUCGAAGUAAGAGACGAAAAGGAAGCAAACGAAGCAAUUGACGCAGGUGCAGAUGUAAUUAUGCUUGACAAUUUAGAUGGUGAAGAACUACACCUUGUAAGCAAGAGAUUGAAAGAGAAAUGGACAGGCAAGCGUCACUUUUUGUUAGAAACAAGUGGAGGGAUUGAAGCGCACAAUCUGACUGAGAGACUGGGUGACAAUAUUGAUAUUUUAAGUACGAGUGCAGUACAUCAAAAUGUGCAACAUAUAGAUUACUCCAUGAAGAUUUCACGCGAUUAAAAAUAAUAAGCAUAUAUGAACUUCGUAUUUGAUUAUAGCUACAACAAGAUAUGCUGAGCGGGAUAUUAAUUACAAAAUAGAAAACGAAAUGAG